AUGCCUUCAUUUGAUGAAUUUAAAAGAAGAGUUUUGCAGGAGGAAGAAGAGAAAAGUAAAUACCAGAGUGCUGAGAACUCAAGUGGAGCUGCACCCAAACUCAAGAAAUUAAAGGAACGAAAACAAAGCAAUUACGCUUCAGUAGACUGUGGUGCAAAGAUCUUAGAUCACAAUAGUGAAGCAUCUAAUGUUGACAGUAUUUUGGUCGAAAAUAGAGAUUUGUAUAUGUUAAAUCCGUGUAGCGCACAAGUGUGGUUUAUUGUGGAGUUAUGUGACCUGGCUCAAGUCAAAAGCAUACAAAUUGCAAACUUUGAACUAUUCUCUUCUACUCCUGAAAGCUUUCGGGUGUAUGUCAGUAAAAGAUAUCCCACGAGGGAGUGGACUAUGUUAGGGACAUUUCAAGCUCGCGAGGAAAGAACGAUACAAAGUUUUCCACUAGAUGAACCAAUCUAUGCCAAGUACUUUAAGGUAUGAAUCUGUGAACAGUUUGCUGUCAAGUCGCCCAAAGCCAAAGUUAGUCAUCAUGCUGCAGUUGUUUAAAAAAUAGAUAACAUUAUCCACCCGACAAGUCACUACACGUAUCUACUGGAUAACAUGACUGGUUUCCCUAAUACUUAUCCACCGGAUAGUGAUUUAUAUUGUGGAUAUUAUUAGUGCUAUCCAAGUUUUGAACAGCUGUGGCCAGAAGGUUUAUUAUGCUCAGCAACUUUCUAACAUCCUAAAUACACAUUCAUCACACUUGUUUUGUCUCAUUGAGACUUAAAGAACGAGAUAUGUCACUCAUGUAUCGCGCCUUUUUCGCCGUCUUGUGGCUUAAUGAACGACAUAUUUAGUGUACAACACAUUUAUCAUGCUCGUUUCGUCUAAGGCUUUAAAGAACAAGACAUUGCACAUAUGAUGCUUAUAAUUGUCUUAUUAACGAAUCCCUUAUUUUAAGUACCUUGUAGGUAGAAAUUUCUUUCUUUUUUGGAAUUCUGUCGAUGCGAAGACAAUUUUUAGCUUUUUUAAACAGAUACAUUGUGGCAAAUAGUGUGACAUAAACCCUCUAAGUACCUUAUGUGUUGUCCUUAAUUCAAUUAGGUUGAGAUGUUGAGUCACUUUGGCUCAGAGCAUUACUGCCCACUGAGCCUUCUGCGUGUGCACGGCAGCAGCAUGAUGGAAGAGCUGGAAGACCAUGAAACAGAUGGACAGGAAGAGAAUGAUAACAGUGACAGUGAUGUGCCAGUGUUACCUCCUGAUCCUAGUGCCAAGGUUGAAGAUCAACCCAAGGAGCAAAAUCUGCUGGAAAGAGCAGCUGAUACAGUUUUUAAUCUGGUCAAGAAAUUCACUGGAAAUGGGCAUGAUAACAAGCAAGAUAAGGAAGGAGAUGAUAGUAAACUCGGCGCCCAAGACAAUAAAAUGACUGCUUCUGAGAAGGAAUCCCAAGGUGAAAGCAAGGGCAAAAUUGUCACUCUUGUUGGUCAUGAAGAGCUCAACGAAAAUUCACAAAUGAGUGGUGACAAUGCCUGUAUAGUAAAGCAAGGUCACAGUCGUGACAGAAAUGCUUCACAAGGAAAAUGUGUGUCUGGUAAUAUAAGCCAUGAAGAUAGUCCACCUUGCAGCAAAGCAGAUAACGAGAGAGAGACUGGUACAUGUAGCCCUGCUCCGUCAGCAUGCCAGUUGUUUGCUCAGGUAUUGGGGCACUACAGUCUGGGGUGUUUUGUGGGACGAAUACUGUUUUCAAAGAAUGAAAACUUUACAGUAUCAAUGAAUUUAGCCACGAGUGGUGAUUACAAGCGAAAUUUAAUUGUAGCUCAUGAAAAAGAUAAAGGUGAAUCUUAUGAAAAGAAAGGAAGUCAAGACCAAGAGAAAGUUCCUGCAGAACAGGCUGGAGAGCCAUCUACUGCUGACAACUCAGAAGAGAAGAGUGCUGAAUUAGAUAUCGUAGACCAAGAAUUCUCUGUUAUCAUUCCUGAAAUGUCUUCCAGCAUUCUGAAAAUAUCAAAAGAAGUUACUAGCUCAGGCGCAUCGGGAGUUUCAGAACAUGUUGACCCUUCGCCCGGAGUUUUGCAGCCUAGCGAGUCACUAAACAUUUUCGUCUCAGAGAAUGAGAAGAAGAGGGAAACUGAUGACAAAACCCCUUCAUUAGCAGAAGUGUCAGUUGUUACGUCCUUACCCUUAAAUGCCACUCUGCCGGCUUCUUCGUCUGCGGUACUUAAAAGUUCCCAAGUGCCACUAAUUAAGGAUUCUUUUGUUGAUGUUCCACAAGGUGAAUCCAAGUUACACGAUCAGCAGGAGUUAAAUUUACAACUUGUACAAAGCAUUCCUGACAGACCGUCAACUGUGUUAGGAAGUGAACAGGCACACUCUGUGACAAAAGGCACUUCUCAACAGCCAUUGCCUUUGAAUGUGAAGGAUAUAAGUUCCAAAGAUGAAGAGAAAGUAGAAGACAAUGUAACUGUUACAGAAUGCAAAGGGUCAAAUUCAAUUCACAUUAUGUCAGAAUCUUCUCCAGAUAUUGACGUCUUGGAGACAAAACUCGCUGACAAAGAUGGACGAGAGGGUACUGCUCAAUUACCUGAAGAGGUACAUUUAGAAAAAGAGCCUAUACAUAGUGCCAGUGAAGCGUCAGAAUCAACCAAAGCAACUGAUUUUUCAAGGAUAAAUUUAGAACCAGUUACAACAGAAGGUGAAGGAUUGAAACCAGAUUUGGACAACCAGGAGCCGGGUAUUGAAAGCACCAAAUCGACAUCCAAAAUGUUGGAAUCUGAAAAAUUAAUGUGGAUCAAGUUAUUCAGCCUACCAUUCCUCCUAGUAUUGACAUUACUGACACUUCAGACCCUGUUCUUCCAUUACCAGCUCCUCCUGUUAUUGGAGACACAAGCUUGCCUAGCCAUGAGUUUUCAACUGCAGCAUCGUCAGCAGAAGCUACUCUUGAUACUUCAAUCCUCAGCAAAGCUCAACAAGCCGCUGUUUCUUCUUCAGCUGGACUAUCGUCAGGGGUCGGGUCAGGAGGGCAGAAGGAAUCCAUAUUUGUUCGUCUUAGUAACAAGAUCAAGGUUCUGGAACAGAAUUUGA